GAAGCUGUGGUAUUUACUGCAGCUGACUUCACACUUUGAACAAGAUGGCGUCUAGCAGAAAGGUGUGUUAGCAGAGUGUCUUUGUUGUGUUGAGAAAGAGGUAAAAUGUGUAAAGUCCAGAUGCUGAGAGCGUUGGUGGAGCAGCGACUAACUGCGGCUGCUGAAGAGAUAUUUGGGCUGUUUGAAAGAACGAUAGCAGAGUACGAGGAGGAACUUUGUCGUUCAAAAGAGGAGAACGAGCGACAACGGGAGCUACUGGACGCUGUUUUCAACCCUCAGCUUCGGUUACACAGAGCAGCGGUGCAGCAGCUGUCGGUGGUUAAAGAAGAGGUUCCCCCUGAGCAGCAGAAGUGUAGGUCCAGCGCGGACCAGCAGGAGCCAGAGCCCCCCCCAAACAUUAAAGAGGAACAGGAGGAACUUUGGAGCAGUCAGGAGGGAGAGCAGCUUCAAGGGCUGGAGGAGGCUGAUAUCACCAAGUUCCCAUUCACUCCUGUCCCUGUGAAGAGUGAAGAUGAUGAAGAGGAAGCUCAGUCCUCACAGCUUCAUCAAAGACAAACUCAACACAUGGAAACAGAAGCUGAUGGAGAGGACUGUGGAGGACCAGAACCAGCCAGGAACUCACAUCCACAUCCACUUUUACAACCAGAGACUGAAGACCAGACUGAAGACUCUUUUGAACCUGAGACUGGUGACAGUGCUGAUUGGAAGGAGACCAGAGAACCUCAGUCAGCUUUAAACUCUCUGAAACAUGAUUCAACAUGUAAGAAAACAUUCAGCUGCUCUGAGUGUGGGAGGAGAUUUGGCCGCAAGGAAAAUCUGAAGAGACACAUGAUAACUCACACAGGAGAAAAACCUUUUAGCUGCUCAUUAUGUAGGAAACGUUUUACACAGAGCGGUAGUUUACAAACUCACAUGAGAAUCCACACAGGAGAGAAACCUUUCAGCUGCUCAUUGUGCAGUAAAGCUUUCAAUGAAAGUGGAAACCUGAAGAAACACAUGAGAACUCACACAGAUGUUGAGCAGCUGUUGGUGGUUAAAGAAGAGGUUCCCCCUGAGCAGCAGGAGUGUAGCUCCAGUGUGGACCAGCAGGAGCCAGAGCCCCCCCUAAACAUUAAAGAGGAACAGGAGGAACUGUGGAGCAGUCAGGAGGGAGAGCAGCUUCAAGGGCUGGAGGAGGCUGAUAUCACCAAGUUCCCAUUCACUCCUGUCCCUGUGAAGAGUGAAGAUGAUGAAGCGGAAGCUCAGUCCUCACAGCUUCAUCAGAGACAAACUCAACACAUGGAAACAGAAGCUGAUGGAGAGGACUGUGGAGGACCAGAACCAGCCAGGAACUCACAUCCACUUUUACAACCAGAGACUGAAGACCAGACUGGAGACUCUUCUGAACCUGAGAAUGAUGACAGUGCUGAUUGGAAGGAGACCAGAGAACCUCAGUCAGCUUUAAACUCUCUGAAACAUGAUUCAAGAUGUAAGAAACGAUUCAGCUGCUCUGAGUGUGGGAGAAGAUUUGGCUACAAGGAAAAUUUGAAUAGACACAUGAGAACUCACACAGGAGAAAAACCUUUCAGCUGCUCAGUCUGUACGAAAUCUUUUACACAGAGAGGAAAUCUGAAGACACACAUGAUAACUCACACAGGAGAAAAAGUUUUCAGCUGCUCAGUCUGUAAGAAAACUUUUACACAUAGUUGGAGUUUAGGGCCACACAUGAGAAUCCACACGGGAGAGAAACCUUUCAGUUGCUCAGUUUGUAAGAAAUCUUUUACGCAGAGAGGAGGUUUACAGUCACACAUGGCUGUCCACACAGGAGAGAAAAGAUUCAGCUGCAGUGUUUGUAACAAAAGAUUUUCCCGGCGUACUGAAGUCAAAACACAUAAAUGUGUUGGUCAGAUGGAAACAGAAGCUGAUGGAGAGGACUGUGGAGGACCAGAACCAGCCAGGAACUCACAUCCACUUUUACAACCAGAGACUGAAGACCAGACUGGAGACUCUUCUGAACCUGAGACUGAUGACUUGUGGUGUUAACGGACCAUAGUUGAUCCGAUAGUUGAACACUCACGGUUCGGCCUGCGGAUCAUUGCAAAGUUUAACAAUAAUAAUAGUGUAAAAUACCUUUUUACUGUUGCUGUUACUUACAGUAAAGUAGCCUGAUAAAUGAAAAGAUACAGGCAACUACAUUUUCUGUUCACGUGAACGGCGCAUGUUAAAAUCCGGCGCUAAUAUGGUACCAGUGCCUAAACGACUAGUACCGGAAUAGCCACUUAAAUGCUUGUGCUGCUCUCUGAUGCUCCGAAACAGACGGUGGAGGCAACAGAAGCAUUGCAGCAUGUCACACUAGUUAACACUAACGUUACACUUGGCAGCAGGUAACGUGUAUGUUAGCCUACCGUUAGCUAGCAGAUGGAUUAA